AUGGGUCGACCGCGACGUGCAUCGAGCGGGCUACCCGCAGAUCCGCCGUCCAAUGUCGGCCCAGCAAUGUCAACGCUCGUAGAGCGGCCGGACUCGCCAUACAUCAGCGGAAACUACGACAAGCACUUGAAGCCUUCCUCUAAGCGACGGAAAGCACGCUCCCUCCUCCGCCGGUAUAAGCAGAUAUCACUACGGCACACAUGGCUCAACCCGCUCAUACUCGUGUCUGUCAUACUGGCAUGUUACUAUGCAAAUCCAGGACCGCAGAACCCUCUCCACCGAGCCAUAUUCCUCUCCUAUCCGCUAGGACCAGAUCACCCAGGCGGCCCAGUCAUGUACGGCAAGGGAAAACACGACUUCACCUUCGUCGCAUUCUACACCAUCGUUCUAAGCUUCACAAGAGAGUUCUUCACACAGCGAGUCAUCCGCCCCAUGGCCAUCCGCGCUGGCAUCCGAAAUCGCGCGAAGCAGUAUCGCUUCAUGGAACAAGUCUACACAGCCAUGUACUUCUCCGUCUUCGGCCCGUUCGGCCUCUAUGUGAUGUCGCAAGGCUCCCUCUGGUACUUCAACACGACCGCCAUGUUCGAAGGCUUCCCGCACCGGAGCCACGAGGGCGUCUUCAAAGCCUACUAUCUCCUCCAGGCUAGCUACUGGAGCCAGCAGGCCAUUGUGCUUAUGCUGCUGCUGGAGAAGCCUCGCAAGGACUUCAAGGAACUUGUGCUUCACCACAUCAUCACGUUGGCGCUGAUCUUUCUGAGCUACCGGUUCCAUUUCGCAAAGAUGGGCAUUGCCGUGUAUAUCACCCACGACAUCAGUGACUUCUUCCUCGCGACAUCCAAAACCCUCAACUACCUCGACAGCAUCCUCGUCGGCCCCUACUUCGCCUUCUUCAUCGGCGUCUGGAUCUACCUCCGCCACUACCUCAACCUCCGCAUCCUCUACGCCACCCUCACCGAGUUCCGCACCGUCGGGCCCUUCGAACUCAACUGGGACACCCAGCAGUACAAGUGCUGGAUCAGCCAGUACAUCACUUUCGGCCUCCUCGCCAGUCUACAAGCAGUAAACCUGUUCUGGCUGUUCCUCAUCCUGCGGAUCGCGAAGAAUUUCGUGUUCAGUAGUGUCGACCUCAAAGACGAGCGCAGCGAAGACGAAGAGGACGAAGAAGAGGAGGAGAAGGACGGAAAGGCCAUCAACGACGCAGCAAGAAAAGCGCUGGAGAAUGAUACGGGCAUGCAUACUGACAAGCCUGUCCUCCUAGUCAACGGCGAAGCCAUCAAGCCAGAGGCGAAACCCGAGGGGAUUCGGGAUCGGAGGAGGAAAGGCUGA